AUGAUAAAGUUUUUAUUUUAUAUAAUUUUUAUAAUUCCUUUAUGUUUUAUAGUUGAUAUAUUUUGAAUGGUUCAAUUUUUAUUGAUAUUAUUAAUAUUUUUAUUUAUAAAUUGUUCAUUAAUAUAUUUAAAUAAUAAUUUAAGUUAUAUAAUAUCUUUUGAUUUUAUUUCAUUUGGUUUGAUUUUAUUAAGAAUUUGAAUUUGUAUAUUAAUAUUAAUAUCUAGAGAAAAUUUAUUUAAAAUUAAUUAUUAUAUUAAUUUUUUUUUAAUUAAUAUUAUAAUACUAUUAAUUUUAUUAUUUUUAACUUUUAGAGUAAUAAAUUUAUUUUUAUUUUAUUUAUUUUUUGAGGGGAGAUUAAUUCCUACUUUAUUAUUAAUUAUUGGUUGGGGGUAUCAACCUGAACGUAUUCAAGCUGGAAUAUAUUUAAUAUUUUAUACUUUAUUUGCUUCUUUACCUUUAUUAAUAGGUUUAUUUUAUAUAUAUAAUGAAUUAAAUAGUAUAAUAAUUUAUUUUUUAAAAUUUUUUAAUAUAAAUUUUAUUAUUUUAUAUAUUUGUAUAAUUUUAGCAUUUUUAGUAAAAAUACCUAUAUAUUUUGUUCAUUUAUGACUUCCUAAAGCUCAUGUUGAAGCCCCAGUUUCUGGGUCUAUAAUUUUAGCUGGAAUUAUAUUAAAGUUGGGAGGUUAUGGUUUAUUGCGAGUUUUAAUUUUUUUACAGGAAAUUAAUUUAAAAUUAAAUUAUAUUUGAUUAAUUAUUAGAUUAAUAGGUGGUUUUUAUAUUAGAUUAAAAUGUUUUUGUCAAGUUGAUAUUAAAUCUUUAAUUGCAUAUUCUUCUGUUUGUCAUAUAAGAAUUGUUAUUAGUGGGAUUUUAGUGAUAAAUUAUUGAGGGUAUUUUGGUUCAUAUAUUAUAAUAAUUGGUCAUGGGUUAUGUUCUUCUGGGAUAUUUUGUCUUGCUAAUAUUAAUUAUGAACGUUUACAUAGUCGUAGAUUAUUUAUUAAUAAAGGAAUAAUAAAUUUUAUACCUUCAUUAAGAAUAUGAUGAUUUUUAUUAAUAUCUUCAAAUAUAUCAGCUCCCCCCUCAUUAAAUUUAUUAGGUGAAAUUAGAUUAAUUAAUAGUUUAGUAAGUUGAUCUUGAUUAUCAAUAAUUAUAUUAAUAUUAAUUUCUUUUUUUAGUGCUGGUUAUAGAUUAUAUUUAUAUUCUUAUACUCAACAUGGUAAGUUUUAUCAAGGAAUAUAUAGAUUUUAUGGGGGGGUUUCUCGAGAAUAUUUAUUAUUAUUUUUACAUUGAUUACCUUUAAAUAUAAUAAUUUUAAAGGUUGAAUAUUUUAUAAUUAAUUAA